CUCACGGUCUGCAACCACGAGUACCACUUUCAGUGCGUCCUUGAAUGGGCGCAGCGUCGAGAGGAGUGCCCCAUGUGCUGGCGCAAGCUGGCACUGCAAGACGAAACCUGGUACGUGCAAGAUGAAACGUGGUACGUGCAAGAUGAAACGUGGUACGUGCAAGAUGAAACGUGGCACGGGCAAGAUGAAACGUGGAGCUGCUGCUGGCGUGCUACAGGGAGAGAAGGAGAGAAAGGUGCAGCCGACAACCAGCACGCCUCCACUCAUUGCCAAUCUCUCCUCUCUAUUGUCUUUCUUCCUGACUCUCAUGCGUUGCAGUCAGGAGCUGCUGCUGGCGUGCUACAGGGAGAGAAGGAGAGAAAGGUGCAGCCGACAACCAGCACGCCUCCACUCGUUGCCAAUCUCUCCUCUCUAUUGUCUUUCUUCCUGACUCUCAUGCGUUGCAGUCAGGAGCUGCUGCUGGCGUGCUACAGAGAGAAGGAAAUCCAAGCGGCAGAGCAGCGCGCGGCAGCAGCAGCAGCCGCCGCCGCAAUCGCAGCAUCAGUGCGGGGGGCAGCAGGCCGAGGAACCGCGGCACGGGGAGUGGCAGCAAGGGGAGUGGCCGUGAGGGGGCACGUGAGGCGGGGCGCUCAGCCCAUGGGCACAGGGGGGUCUUCGUCCUCGCCCUCCUCUAUUCCUGCUCCCUCCCGCCAUCGCCAGCAGCAGCAGCGGGAGCAGAGGGAGCAGCGGCAGAGCAGCAGUCAGGUAUGUGUGUGGGUAGACGUGAAAGUCAUACGAUGGGCUUUAAGCAAAACGAGUGGCAACAAGGGGCGUGGCGCCCACGAGGAUAUGGGGGGCUCAGCCCACGAGGAUAUGGGGGGCUCAGCCCACGAGGAUAUGGGGGGGCUCAGCCCACGAGGAUAUGGGGGGGCUCAGCCCAUGGGUACAGGACGGUCGUCCUCCAUCCCUGCUCCCUUGCGCCAUCGCCAGCAGGAACUGUCGAGGACGGUCGUCCUCCAUCCCUGCUCCCUUCCGCCAUCGCCAGCAGCAGCAGCAGCAGCAGCAGCAGCAGGAGCAGAGGGAGCAGCGGCAGGGCAGCAGUCAGGUAUGUUUGUUUUUGAGUCGACUCAAGAGCAGCGGCAGGGCAGCAGUCAGGUAUGUUUGUUUGUGAUGAGGGUAGGCUCUCCCCCCCUGGGGACAGUGACUUCUGAGGCGACUUUUGAGUCGAAUUUUGAGGUGAAUUUUGAGUCGACUUUUGAGGUGAAUUUUGAGUCGACUUUUGAGGUGAAUUUUGAGGCCACAGUCACAUCGGGCUCGCCUGUCGAUCGCUUGCUGCCCUCGUCCCUCCACUCCUUCCAACCCCUUACAACCAUGCUCACUCUCCCUUACCCCUCCUCUUCCUGUCCCGUCCUCUCUCCCUUCAUUCCCCUCCCCCUGCGGGCCACAGUCACAUCGGGCUCGCCUGUGGAUCGCUCGCUGCCCUCGUCCCUCCUCUCCUCCCUCCGUCUUACACCGAUAUUCAUUCUCUUUGUCCCCACCCGCCUUAACCCCCUGCGGGCCACAGUCACAUCGGGCUCGCCUGUGGAACGCUGGCUGCCCUCGUCCCUCUGCCACGCCACCUCCUCCCUUUCUGUCCCCGUACAGACGACUCUGCUCACUCUCCUUCCCCUGGACUCCCCUUCUUCCCCCCUGCAGGCCACGGUCACAUCGGGCUCGCCUGUCGAUCGCUGGCUGCCUUCUUCCCUCCUCUCCUCUCUCCGCCACGCCACCUCCUCCUCUUCCUCCUCUCGCGGUCUCUCCGGCUCCUCCCCCCGCUCCUUCGCUCUCUCCUUCAGCCCUCACAGACACCGCUCCUCACGCUCCGCCUCCCCUUCCUCCUCUACUAUCCCCGCCACCAACACUACCACCACCACCACAAUUACCACCUCUUCUUCCUCCUCCUCCUCUUCCUCUGCCUCUCUUUCAGCAGCACUCGCCUCCUCCUCCUCUCCAUCCGCCUCUGCAUCUGCCCCAUCAGCCUCGCUACCCACCACAGCGACCUCUCUUGCCGCUACUGCCACACUCUCGGAUACCACCUCUGCUGCUGUCGCUGCUGGAGAAACCAACAGAGGCUUCAGCCUGUCAGCAGGUGCUCUCCCUUUGGAUACCCCUCUAGGAGCCACUGUGAGCUGGAACGGAGUGCUCCCUAUCAAUUCUUCUGGUUCUGACACAGGAGAAACCCCUCCUCAAAACAGAAGCGGGGUUCUUUAUACAGAGUCUAUCCUGGCACCUACUCCUCCUCACAAUAUUCCUCCUCCUCACCCUUCUACUGCAGCAGCAGCAGCAGCAGCAGCAGCAGCAUCUGUAGCUCACACGGCCUCCUCCCCAUCUGAAAGCUCGUCUCUUGUUGCUGCUUUGGCACCUAUGACCCUAUGGAGGAUCGUACCCCGCCUUUCCCUCGGGGCUGCCAGCCCCACGCCAUCCUCUCGUCCCUCAAAGCCCGCCUUACCUUGCGGUACGUCUCCUUCUCUCUCUCCUCCCACGUCAACUCUUUCCGUCUUCCCCAUCUCUGUGCUUCCACCUGCCUCCUUGCCCCACGCCAUACUCUCCUCCCUCAAAUCCUGUCUCACCUCUCAGUACUUCUCUUCCCUUCCACUCCGUUUCUUUCCUUCUUCCCAUCUCCAUUUCCCCUCGGCCAUCCUCUCCUCUCCUCUCUCAAAUCCCGCCUCACCUCUCAGUGCGCGUCCUUCUCUCCCCUCCCACUUCCAACUGUUUUCUUCUUCCCCAUCUCGCUUCCGUCUACCUCUCUUUCCCACACCAUCCUCUCCUUCCUCCACUCAUGCACUGCCUCUUGGUACCGAGGUACCUCUACAUCCUUCCCACCCCAUCACUCUUCGCUCCCCCAUCCCCCUUCCCCUCGUAUCCGCGCAUAUCCCAGGAGGUCCCAAGGGUUUGUUCCUCCUCCUCGCCCUCCUCGUUUGCAUCCCAGUGUGUUUCAAAGCACACCGGUGGUCCAAAGGCUCGUCCUCCUCUUCUUCUGUGCAUCGUCCUUCCCCCCUGCAUUGGGGCCUGUUUUGA